GAUAAGAAACAAAUUGACUUUUAGAAAUUUUGUGUGACUUGACGAAGACGACGAUAAAGUAUUUCUCUUAUUUUUUAAAUUUUUUUUUUAUCCACGGUCUUGUUGCAAUUUCAUAUUGCGCAUUUCGUAUAUCUAUUAAGAAGGAAAACUGUAUCAUUCUUUUGUUUGGACAAACAAUUCCAUUGUUGACACUCACGUGCGGCACUGACAAUUAGAAAGAAAAACAAACUAAACUUUUAAAGUUUUUAGCAAAAUACCUAAGUGAAAAGAAUCCCCUGCUGACUGCUUGACAUGGGAAAUUCUACUUCGAAAUCGGAAGGUGGUGCCAGCGGAGAGGGUAGCGGUGAAGUACCCGAUGGGAAAGCUAAAGGUAAUAAAGCAAGUGCUCACCAGCAGGUGAAUGGUAAACCACAUUCCUCUGCGGCAGCUAUGCUCAAGGUCGAAAGCACUAUGAGUCGUUCUGCUUCGGGUUCAGAUGUUACCGAGAAAUAUUUUACCCAAUUAGUGCCCAUAGAAAAACUAUCGGAGAUACUUAAAGAGAAAUCUUCGGCUAAGUGUGGCGUUAAUGGUAUUGCGGCGGAGGUGUUUGUGUCGCAAGUAUUUCCCCACUACACCGAUUUGGGUCAACGCCUAUUUAAAUUAAUGCAUACAACAUCGCGAGCCACUACCGCUCACUUGGGCACUGUAGCGUUUCGUCAACAAUGUGAACGUUUCUUGGGCAUAAUGGAUGAUGCCAAGGCAUUGGAAUGUUAUAUUAAAAUGUAUGCCCAACAGGAUAAUCCAGAUUUUAUUGAUAAGGAGGGUGUUACCCGCUUAUUGCAUAUUUGCUAUACAAUUGCCAUGCAACAUUCGGGUAAUGCUGUAAUAUGUCCAUCGGUAAGUCGCCCCUUCCGUUCCGUUCCCCCUCGCUUUCUUCUUCCGCCCGCUCCCCUCCGUCUCGGUUCUGUCUGUCGUUGGUUCGAACAGAAUCUAAUUCGUUUAGUAUUAUUGGUGCAUAAAUAUUGUGUUCACACCCUAUCGACCGCCUAUCGUGGUCUCGAACAAGACGCACAAUCAUGCGGUAUUGAAUUACAAACUCCCGUUUUGGAGCAACGUAAUCCAUUUGCCGAUAAAUCUUCAUCAUCAUCGUUAAAUAGUGCUAAUGGUGGUUCGUCUGAUAGUGUUGAUGCCUCUUCCUCUUUAAUGCCAUUAUCACAAGCCUGGUUGUUGGCCGGUGCCUUGCCACCAUUGUAUUCAAAACCCCAAAAGGUUACUUCACCCACAGCUAAUAAAGCAUCUGCAUCGCAAAUAUUCAUAGAAAAACUAUCUAUGAUGCCUUCUCACUGGACUUUGUUGUAUGAUUCCAAUGAACAUGGUUUGGGGGCAAAUCGUUUCUUGCAUCACGUUCUCGGUUACCGGGGACCCACUUUGAUUCUUAUACACACUAAAGAUGAUCAAACAUAUUUGAUUGCUUCGCCGGCUGAAUGGAAAGAAACACAUUUGUAUACCGGCGGAGAGGGCAGCUGUGUCAUACAAUUGUGGCCCAAAUUUUCAAUGUUGGAAAAGAAACCUAAUAUUUUAUACUUAAACACCAGUAUACGCGGUUAUCCUAAAGGUUUACGUGCUGGUUCUGAUCCUAGAAAACCCAUAUUAUCAGUGGAUGAACAUUUUGAAAAUGUUGAUUGUAAGGGUAUUGCUGCUGUUCUACUUUCAAUUGAGGUAUGGGGCUGUGGAGAUAAGACAUCACGUGAAGUGCAGUUGGAUAUUAAAAAAUGGCAAAUUAAAGAAGCCGAACGACAACGUACAGUUAAAUUAACAGCAGCUGAUUGGAUGGAUCAUCCAGAUCGUUUCCUUUUAGAAUUGGGUGGACGACAAAACUACAACAACUAAUGUU